AGUGUUUUUCUCCAGCCCGCUAGGUGGCGGCCAAGUGUUUUUUAUGUUGUCUAGAGAACCUCUGGAGAACUGACGUGGCUCUUUCCUCUUUGGUUCUGCAGUAGGAGCAAGCAAGCAACAACUCAACAAAAUGGAGCUGGAGGCCAUGACCAGAUACACCAGUCCGGUGAACCCAGCAGUCUUCCCCCACCUCACUGUGGUCCUACUGGCUAUCGGGAUGUUCUUCACUGCGUGGUUCUUUGUCUACGAGGUAACGUCCACUAAAUACACCAGAGACGUGUUCAAAGAGCUGCUCAUCUCCCUGGUGGCGUCGCUCUUCAUGGGCUUCGGAGUGCUGUUUCUGUUACUGUGGGUCGGCAUCUAUGUCUGACGGGACAAACUGAACCAGAGGCUUCAUUCAAUGUGUAGUGCAGAAGAUCAGCAUUAUAGCGUAGACUUCCUUCACGGUAAACGUGGCCCUCACCAGGAAAUGACCUUGAUGCUACAACACAGACUGGAUGGAGUCGAGCCCCAGGACUUCCCCUCUCUCACCUGAGAGGGGACCAGUAACAACUCUUAUACACUGUUGUUCACAG